AUUUCAUUAGUGCGUAAUGAUAUCAUCAAUAUAUUUAAUACAUGCCUUGAUUAUGAUAUUCAUUGACAUUGAUGUGUGAGUAUGAAUGCAAACAUUGAUGGCAAUUUAAAGUACAAGAGUAUAUACAAUUGGAAAUAAUCACAAGCUGACAUUCAUGUAAAUUUUUCAUCGGUACGAUUAUAUUAAAUUAUCUCAUAUAAGUAAAAUGUAUGAACGUUAAAUGGAGGCAAAACUUGCAGCAUACCGAAGUAAAAAACGUAGGGAGGCAAUGGUAGAAAGUGCAAAAAAUUCUUUCAAAGGUGUUUUGACAUGGAACGACAAACUUAUUUUACCGUCCGACGAGGAUGUGGAAGAUGUAGAAAGUAUCCAGUCAGAUGACAGCAUUGAUAUAACACCGCCACCACCACAGAAUCCUAUUGUCACGCAGGUGACUUAUCUUCUAUACUUCCUCCUCUGGGCAACAUUGUACAUAAUAGCUGUACAAUUUGAAUUUGGAGCAGUAUACUUCAUAUUAUCUCUUUUGGUAUUGAUAUGGAUAAAUACCCGUACAGGCCCAAAGAGAAAAGGAGAACCCAGUGCUUAUUCGGUCUUCAAUAAAAAUUGCGAAGCCAUAGAUGGUACACUCAAUGCUGAGCAAUUUGAAAGAGAAAUUAGAUAUGGAGCAUCAAGUAUGCAUUAGUUUUUUAAAGCUGAUUUCAUUUAAUACAGACAUGAAAGUAUUAAUGUGGCAGGGUUCCAGUAAUUUUUAACAAUAUGAUGUAAUAGAAUAAUAAAUGGUAUUUAUAAAAAU